UAUCGAUUUUUUUUAAUAUGGUGGAUAGUGUUGCAUAGCAGUACCACAUAUUGAUUGUUUUUUCUCUUUUUAAAAAAAAUGCUUUAUUAUGACUGAAUAUAUUAAAUUUGAAGAUAUAAUUAGCAAAAACGGUGAUUCUAAUUCUAAAUCAGUACCAGAAGUCAAUAAUAAGGAAACUGCAAAAACAGACUCAACAAAAAUGAAACUUCAGUGUUGUCGUUGUAGACCUGAUUGGUUUGUAGUUGAUGGUUUAGGAAUUACUUGCUCCGGACUCACUUACAUUUUAAUACUAUUUGGAGAAUUUGUGGUGAUAGGUGUUAUACUUCUUCCUUUUUUCCCAGGAUCACCCUGGAGUUAUAUCCAUGCAAUAUUGUUUAGUUGCUGUGGCAUUUUAGCAGGUUGUUCUCAUCUAAGAGCUAUGACUACAAACCCUGGAACAAUACCUAAAGGAAAUUUUACAGAUGAAAAUGUGAAACAUUUAGGAUUGAAGUCUGGAGAUGUGGUUGUUCGGUGCACACGGUGUGAAUGUAUAAAAACUGAGCGAGCACACCAUUGUAGUACAUGUCAGCGUUGCAUAAGAAAAAUGGAUCAUCAUUGUCCAUGGAUUAAUAAUUGUGUUGGUGAAUUCAAUCAGAAGUAUUUUGUUCUAUUUACAUUCUAUAUUAUGACAUUGUCUGCAUACUCAAUGGCACUAGCAAUUCAUUAUGUUUUAAGAUGUUCUGAUAAUGAUUGGAAAGGGUGCACAAUAUUUUCACCUCCUACCACGAUUAUCUUUAUUGUGUUCCUUCUUUUUGAAGGAUUAUUGUUCGGUCUUUUCACCAUGAUUAUGUUUUGUACUCAAUUAAAUUCUGUGAUACAUGAUGAGACUGGAAUUGAGCAUCUAAAAAAAGAAGCACGAGUUAAACAAGGGAACUGGAAAGAACGCUUAAAAGAUACAUUUGGAGGAGAUUUUGGAAUUACUUGGUUUUCGCCAUUUUCAUCAUUACCUCAUCAUCGUAAAAAACAUGAGUUCUAUGAUGUCUGAUCCACUGUUAUCUUGUAUACUUGUUUCUCUACAGAGUUAAUUUUAAAGUUUAUUUGGAAAAAGUUUCUAAAUAAAUUACUAGUUUA